AUGGCUCUUCAGAGCACUCAGAGCAAAGCACUCGUAGACCUUCUCAAGACGGGCGACUACUCUGAUCUCGUUAUUUCGUGCGGCAAAGAUCAAUACAGUGUUCACAAAGCAAUCAUUUGCCCACGAUCCCACUUCUUCAAGGCAGCUUGCGAUGGCAAAUUCAAGGAAGCGCAAACAGGCACAAUCGACCUCCCGGACGACGAUCCGGUUGCUGUACGCAUGAUGAUCGAGUAUCUGUAUCAUGACACGUAUGCGCCGGCCGGGGCGAGUAUUCACCGUGAUGGCGCUAUCGAUGCGCAUCUCUCCGACACCGAAUAUGAUGACGAGAAAGAAAAGAGGAAGAGGGAACUCUAUGGCGCAACUUUCAUCGGUAACAAGAGAAUCAAGAGGCUCACUGCACUGCCGGAGGAUUCAACAGUUCGCGCCUCUCAACCCGCCAGAUUCACCGGAUUCGCUGCCUUCAUCGCUUCAAGAGAAUCGCAAAGAGGAUCUGAUCGCAACCGACAAGAACACGGUUCCUCCACAAGUACAAACUCCGUCUCAGUCCAGAGUCCCUCCCAGGCUUCGCCCAAUCAAUCAUCUUCCCCACCCCGUCCAUCACCUGCGCCAUCACCAACCCCACACCCUCCACGACCCUCCGCUCCUCAGCGACCCAUCCCUCCCGCAAACCUCCAUCUCCACGCCAAAGUUUACGCCCUCGGUGAGAAAUACGGCAUCCAGCCCCUCAAGGCCCUGGCUCUUCGCAAGUUCGAGUCUGAAGCCCAGUUUCAUCUUCACAGCGACGACUUCUUGCAGGGGAUAAGAGAAGCAUACACCUCGACCGUUGAAACGGACCGUCCUCUUCGUGAUGCCGUGGUCACAAUCUUGAGAAGCAACAAGGGCCUGUUGAAGAAGGAAUCUGUGAAGGAAGUACUCAAGGAGACUGGUUUGGGUUUUGAUCUGCUGAUGGACUUUGCAUCGAGAUGA